ACUUGUCAUCUGUAGUGUGCCCCAAUUCACGCCCUCAGCCGCCGCCUCUCAGUUUCAAUAACACAAACAAACACAAAACCAAAACCCCAACUUGCUUUUCAUUUUCUUCCUUUCAGAAAACUGUGUUUUGCCGAAUAACCACACAUUUCACACCCAUGGCUGCUUGCUCCACUGUUGCUCCACCAUCCACCUCUUUCAUCAGCAACAAGAAAGAUUUGGGUCUCUCUGCUUUCUCUUCCGCAUCGCCGCUCUCCAGUCAGAAAUGCAAGAGAACAUCGAAGACAGUCUGUUCGGUCACUGCACCAAAACAAUCAGAGCGCAAGCCUGUCACUACUGGCUCGGUCAAGACGGGAAUGACGAUGACUGAGAAGAUAUUUGCUAGAGCUUCUGAGAAAACCCAGUUGAGCCCCGGUGAGAAUGUUUGGGUCAACGUCGAUGUUUUGAUGACCCAUGAUGUUUGUGGCCCUGGUUCCUUUGGGAUCUUCAAGAAAGAGUUCGGCCAGAACGCCAAGGUACUUCAUUUGUGCGCAGAAAUUAGGAUGAAAAACCGGUUUCAGUGA